CGGCGGGGCCUCCAUGGUGGGAUCGGGAGCGGCUCUGCCCGCCCCGGCGUCACCUGCGGCCGCCGGCCCCGCUGCUGCGGGGCUGGGCUGGGCUCGGCGGGGCCGGGUGGGGCCGGGGUCGUGGCCGGGGGCGCCGCGGCGGCAGCUCCCGGGGGCCGCGGCGGCGGGAGCCGCUCUCCGGGGAUCUGCCGGCUGCCGCCUCUCCCGGGCGUGCUGGUGGAGUGGUGUGCGGCAGCGGGCACCGGCGGCAGAAGGGAUGGAGCGAGCUACGGAGGGCUCACCUUAUGGCGUGAUGGCACCGCAACCGUGGGGCACGGCCAGCCGGACUGCUUCCUUCUUCGGGAUCCUCCCCCGCUUCUCAACUGCACGCGUUGUGUUUUGCCUGCUCCUUUUAAUCUGGAUAUUAAGGAAAUCGUGA